GCGGUCACGUGACCCGGCCCGAGUGCGGGCGGUGGAAGGCGGAAGUGGGAGCGGAGUUGGGCGCCGCUUCUGUGGCCGCGACAGUUUUCUGGUGAUGACAUGGCAUCUGCCAGCUCCAGCCGGGCAGGGGUGGCCCUGCCUUUUGAGAAGUCUCAGCUUACUUUGAAAGUGGUGUCAGCAAAGCCCAAGGUGCAUAACCGUCAACCUCGAAUUAACUCAUUUGUGGAGGUGGCAGUGGAUGGACUCCCCAGUGAGACCAAGAAGACGGGGAAGCGAAUUGGGAGCUCCGAGCUUCUCUGGAAUGAGAUCAUCAUUUUGAAUGUCACGGCCCAGAGUCAUUUAGAUUUGAAGGUCUGGAGCUGCCAUACUUUGAGAAAUGAACUGCUAGGCACUGCCUCUGUCAACCUCUCCAAUGUUCUGAAGAACAAUGGGGGCAAAAUGGAGAACACGCAGUUGACCCUGAACCUGCAGACGGAGAACAAAGGCGGUGUUGUCUCGGGUGGUGAGCUGACAAUUUUCCUGGACGGGCCAACUGUUGAUCUGGGAAGUGUGCCUAAUGGCAGCGCCGUGACAGACGGAUCCCAGCCACCCUCAAGAGAAUCCAGCGGGACUGCUGUUGCUCCAGAGAACCGGCACCAGCCCCCCAGCACAAACUGCUUUGGUGGGAGAUCGCGGACACACAGACAUUCAGGUGGCUCAGCCAGAACAGCUCCAGCAACUGGUGAGCAAAGCCCUGGUACUAGCAACCGGCACCGCCAGCCCGUCAAGAACCCAACCCACAAUGGCUUGGCCAAUGGCACAGUGAAUGACGAACCCACUGCAGCCACUGAUCCUGAAGAACCCUCUGUUGUUGGGGUGACAUUGUCGCCUGCUGCGGUGUCGAGUGUGACCCCGAACCCCACCUCAGUGUCUCUCCCUGCUUCAGCCACCCCAGCGGAAGGAGAGGAACCCAGCACCUCAGGCACCCAGCAGCUCCCGGCAGCUGCCCAGGCCCUUGAUGCUCUGCCCGCCGGAUGGGAACAGCGAGAACUGCCUAAUGGGCGCGUCUAUUAUGUUGACCAUAAUACCAAAACCACCACCUGGGAGCGGCCUCUUCCUCCAGGCUGGGAAAAGCGCACAGACCCCCGAGGCAGGUUUUACUAUGUGGAUCACAACACUCGGACCACCACCUGGCAGCGCCCGACAGCCGAGUACGUGCGGAACUACGAGCAGUGGCAGUCCCAGCGCAAUCAGCUCCAGGGCGCCAUGCAGCACUUCAGCCAAAGAUUCCUCUACCAGUCUUCAAGUACUUCGACUGACCAUGACCCACUGGGCCCCCUCCCUCCUGGCUGGGAGAAGAGACAGGACAAUGGACGGGUGUAUUACGUGAACCAUAACACACGCACUACCCAGUGGGAGGACCCUCGGACCCAGGGGAUGAUCCAGGAACCAGCAUUGCCCCCAGGGUGGGAGAUGAAGUACACCAGUGAAGGGGUACGCUAUUUUGUGGACCACAAUACACGCACCACCACCUUUAAGGAUCCUCGCCCUGGGUUUGAGUCUGGGACGAAGCAAGGUUCUCCUGGUGCCUAUGACCGAAGUUUUCGGUGGAAGUAUCACCAGUUCCGUUUCCUCUGUCACUCAAAUGCCCUUCCCAGUCAUGUGAAGAUCAGUGUUUCCAGGCAGACGCUGUUCGAGGAUUCUUUCCAACAGAUCAUGAACAUGAAGCCCUAUGACCUCCGCCGCCGGCUCUACAUCAUCAUGCGUGGCGAGGAGGGCCUGGACUAUGGAGGCAUCGCCAGGGAGUGGUUUUUCCUCCUGUCCCAUGAGGUGCUCAACCCCAUGUAUUGUUUAUUUGAGUAUGCCGGGAAGAACAAUUACUGCCUGCAGAUCAACCCUGCCUCCUCCAUCAACCCCGACCACCUCACCUACUUCCGCUUUAUUGGCAGAUUCAUCGCUAUGGCUCUGUACCAUGGAAAGUUCAUUGACACAGGCUUCACCCUCCCUUUCUAUAAGCGGAUGCUCAACAAGAGACCAACCCUGAAGGACCUGGAAUCUAUUGACCCCGAAUUCUACAAUUCUAUUGUCUGGAUCAAAGAGAACAACCUGGAAGAGUGUGGUCUAGAGCUGUACUUCAUCCAGGACAUGGAGAUCCUGGGCAAGGUGACGACCCACGAGCUCAAGGAAGGUGGUGAGAGCAUCCGAGUGACAGAGGAGAACAAGGACGAGUAUAUCAUGCUGCUGACUGACUGGCGUUUCACCCGCGGCGUGGAAGAGCAGACCAAAGCCUUCCUGGAUGGCUUCAAUGAGGUGGCCCCUCUGGAGUGGUUGCGCUACUUUGACGAGAAGGAGCUGGAGCUCAUGCUAUGCGGCAUGCAAGAGAUAGACAUGAGCGACUGGCAGAAGAACACUAUUUACCGACACUACACCAAGAACAGCAAGCAGAUCCAGUGGUUCUGGCAGGUGGUGAAGGAGAUGGACAACGAGAAGAGGAUCCGACUGCUGCAGUUUGUCACUGGGACUUGCCGCCUGCCUGUUGGCGGAUUUGCCGAACUCAUUGGUAGCAACGGACCGCAGAAAUUUUGCAUCGACAAGGUUGGCAAGGAAACCUGGCUGCCCAGAAGCCACACGUGUUUCAACCGCCUGGAUCUCCCACCAUAUAAGAGCUACGAACAGCUGAAGGAGAAGCUGCUGUACGCCAUCGAGGAGACUGAGGGCUUCGGACAGGAGUAACCGAGGCAGCCCCCUCCCACACCCCCCAGCGCACAUGUAGUCAUGAGUUCUUUCUGCCCUGAGAGGCCGGUGGCCACAGAGCUCCUGGGAGGCCCCCCCAGGUGGUGGCCGUGCAUGGGACCACAGUGUCGUCAGGCUGGUGGUAGCAGAGUUGGACCUCAAGAGGCCCUGCCUGUCCCUUCCUUUCUCCUACCCACUGGUGGCAGUCUGGAGUAAAGCCCCCAUGU